UAUUAUAUGGUAAAAGGGAAAAUAUUUGGGAUCAAGGAUUGAAAUUCCUAGUGAUGAAAAUUCCUGAUGUUUUUAUAUUUGCUGAUGAUGAAAGUCAUCCACCUCAAGUUGUCAUUACCAACAGCGACACUAAUCCUUGUGCACAACCAUUGAUAGUUGUGUCCCCUGAGUCAACACCUCAAUCGCAACCAAGUUGCUCAAGAGAAAGAGAUGAUUCUUGUCCACCACAAGUUGUAAUUACCAAUGGCGAGAAUAACCCUCCUCAACAACCAUUGAUAGUUGUGUCAGCUGGAUCACAACAUCCAUCGUACCCAAGUCACUACAGAAGAGAUGUUCGCUACUCAUUUGAUUCUGCCGAUCUGUUAUCCCCCAGAGAAAAGAACAUUUCUUUUUGGAGGGCCAAUAGUCUAAACAGCACCUUUAGUACCAUGGAUGAUGAUGAUGAGGAUGAUGAGGAGCUGGCAAGACUAGUUGAUCAGAUAGUGGUGAACGUUCUCAGUCCCCCACCAACUCCACCAGAAGAAAAUGGAUUUCUUAGUUUACCUGGAAGUGGAAACAACUAUGUUAAAACCCCUGAACCCACCAUGAAUUCGUUGCAAACGUCAAGCCCCGAGUCAAGCUUCGAAUUUAGGGGUCUUGGACCAGCUCCUCAUCCAAUUCGUGGCCCCACUCCAAUACCAGUACCUGUUGAUGCCAGUGGCCACCCACUGGGACGCUACUAUUUGAUGAGUCCCAGCCCUACUCCCGCUAGCUCGACAUCCAGCUCUUCUCGAUCUAAUUCAUUAUCUCCAGGUUAUCAGGGAAGUCCAAGACGUUUUAGUUUGAUUCCCCUAACUCCUGACCUCAGAUCACUAACUCCAUCAGAUUGGUCUAACCAGUCAAGUAACAUAACGCCAUCAGAGAUCGUGCUUCAUCCUUACCUAAAUGAUCUUAGUGACGCAGAAAGACAGUGGGUACUAAUGGAGCACGGAAGAUCAGUCAGCACUGCUUCGCUCGGUUCUUUAACAGAGUUCCUCAAGUGGUGGACAGUUGCCUGGACAGUGGCCUGGAUGAGUAGGAUCAAGAUAUGGAAAGACAACAAUGUUCUGACAUCAGGUGUGCUCAAUGGACCAGACCUUCCUCCUAUAGAGUUCAGCCAGAAAGAAGACUUUGGGUCCCUGGCGCAAUGCAACAUGAUAGGGAGUUGUAAUGCCGACCCCUCGGGGAGGAUGUGUAUCUCCAUAGCUACCUGUAGAGUUCCUAUUAAUACCACUGACUGGGACCGCCUCCUCAGGUUCGGGCUAGUUCAACUUGACAAGAUUUGUGAUAACGACUACAGUCUGGUCUACUUCCACCACGGUUACGACAAACUCAACAAACCCUCCUGGAAGUGGCUGGUCACGUGUUACCGCAGCUUUGAUAGGAAGUUUAAGAAGAAUAUCAAAGCGUUCUACAUCGUUCAUCCCAGUACAAAGCUGAAAAUGGUUUUCAGAUUCAUGAAGCCUUUAGUCAGUAUUCGUGCAAGCAGCAAGAUAGUGUACUGUCAGAGAUUAAGCGACCUUGCGCAGCAUGUUAUGUUGGACAGACUCGACAUUCCUUCUGAAGUCAAAGUGCACGAUAAGAACCUGCGAGCUCGGUCAGUAGACAACAUGACUAACACCACAGGACUUGCUAACUGUGGUGGAAAGUUCGAUCAAGGGCUGUCAGACAUCCACGCUUUCUCUCAGCCGGGGUACAUGAGAGUGUUUGGGGGCACGCUGCUCGAUACUGACGAGGUGCCACAAGUUAUUUCUGACUGUAUUGACCUUCUCUCUUUGGACAAGAACAUCACAGAGGAGGGAUUGUUCAGAAGAUGCGGAAAUGCGACUGAGUUGAAAGCUAUUAAAGAGUGCUACAAUACUGGUCAGAGUAUAGACCUCGACAACUACUGUCCCCACACUAUUGCUGCGGCACUGAAGACAUAUCUGCGUGAGCUCUCUAUCCCUUUACUCACAUUCGAGGCGUACCCUACUAUCUCUUCAUGGAACGAGUUUACAGCUGAAACCCAGCUUUUACUGAGCAAGAAGCUGUUAGAAAGUAUACCUCCAGUUCACUACUGUUGUGUCCGAGCUCUCAUGCUCUUUUUAAAUAAGGUAGUAAGCAGCUCCUCGCAAAACCUUAUGACGUCACAAAAUCUCUCAAUCGUAAUUGGUCCAAACCUAACGUGGAGCCGACACACAAUCACUACCCUCGCGGACAUCAACAAUAUCAACAGCUUCACCCAGUAUCUCAUAGACAAUCCGGUGUUGUUUGAGCGAGAAACGAACAAUCACGUCUCUGGCGGUGCGCCAACUGCUAGCGUGACGUCAUGACAAGUCAUGAUUACGUCAUGCUUUUCAAUGCUUUUGAUAAAUCAAUCCUCGGCCGAGUGUGCAGUUCUCGGUCGCCCAGAAAUAGUCUCUCAGAUAAACCAGGGGAUGAUCCUUGUCAGAAUAAGGAUUUAAGACUAAAGACUUGUAUUUUUUAUUUAUUUUUUUGCUUUUUUAUGAGAUAAAAAGUUCAACCGUGUACUGUUACGAUAUCAAAUACAUUGGUAGAGUAUAUAAAAGAACUAGAGAUAGCAUAAAGAGAUGAGAAGUGGAAUGUAAUUUAGUAAAUCUAUAUUAAUUUUCUUGCAUGUGUAUUGUGUGGUGUUAUGAGAUCAAGUGCGUUAUUUAUUUUCAAUAUUUCAUUCUAUUGUGUUAUUUAUUGAAAUAAAAAUAAUUACAUGAUUCGAGAGUGGUUGGAGAAUGAAAUUUAAUACAUUUUUCAACUUCAUUUUCUUUAGAUGAGUUUUGUUAUCUAUGUUUUGCUGUGAUUUCUAGUUUGUUUAAUUUUUGUUUUCAUUUCAU